AUGGACGCAGAGAUUCAUGGGGCCCAUACCGAGCCGGACAUUGACUACGUUCUCGUGGACUUUGAGCCACUACACAAGCAACGCUGGCGCACUAACACCCUGCGUCUCGUGUGUGCAGAGUUUCCUCCCUACACGACGUGCAAAUGGCACCAGCAUCUAAAAUACGGAAUCUACGUGGUGAUGGCACCGCUUGAUGUGAUCGAGCAGCCUUACGGCCAACAGCCGCGACCAUUAGUCCAGGAAAAAGGUGCCGUGUUCUGUCGCGACCAUACGAAAGAUAAGUUGAUUCACAUCGCGACUACGAGAGAGCUGCCUGCGUUUCUCAUUGAAAUUGAACUUCUCAAAGAGAAGGCUGACAUCAUUCCAAAUGGCCAGUUGCCGCUACACGCUGGUGCAGGUAUCGAGCUACUUGCCGACGAGCCGGAAUGUCGUGUGUACCGCAUCACAUUGCACGUCAAAGACCACGCAAGUCCCGCACUUUCACUCAACCUGCCGACUGAAGCUGUGUUGUUAGCGCUGGACGACUGCGAAGCACAAGUGACCACAACGAUCAACGACGAGGAAAUCACGUACAGUGUUUCACUGAAAAUCGGGGGCGAUGUGCACAUGAGCCCUGGCGCGUGCACCGUCAAAGUCGUAUCUGCAUCGGUCGAGAAGAUGCACUUUGUCUUGGCUGAGGUUUAUUAG